GGCACAUGGUUCUUUGAUGUGCAUCCUCCGUUGGGCAAGCUAAUGUUCGCCGCAGCCGGCUGGUUGGCUGGUUACGACGGCUCCUUCUCAUUCAAGGAAAUCCAUAUGGACUAUUUAAAACACGACGUACCGUACGUGGCAAUGCGAAUGGUGUCCGCAAUCUCUGGGGCUAUGCUUGUUCCUCUGGCCUAUAAAACACUGUAG